GCAAAUCCUUCAAACAGUCCCGCAGUUCCAGCUGGCGAAGCGGCAGCAUUCUUGAAACGUUCGAAUUUAAAUGUGCAGCAACUCGGCCAGAUAUGGGAAUUGGCAGAUUACCAAAAGAAGGGUGCUCUAGACAAGAAAGGUUUUUUCAUUGCAUUCAAACUUGUCGCUGCAACUCAGCAAGGAUUUCCGAUUUCUCCCGCAUCCAUCGGGCUACCUAAUCUGCUUCCUCCACAAUUUGAAGGCGUUAUCGUGAAGAGUACUGCUGCUCUGACUCACCAAUUCUCUCAUGACGGAUCAAUGCCAUCGCAGGGCACCGAGUGGUGCAUUAAUGCUGCUGACCAG